GCGAAUAUACUUGAUGGUGCAAAGAUCAAAAAAUAAACAAACAAAUAUUAAAUACGAAACAUUAUGUCAUUUAAAUUCUAUUUUCUUAUCUUUUGGGAUGUUCUGAAAACAAUUUUUGUUUCAUGCGGAUUAAUUUGUAUUGAAAUUACAAAAAUUUUCAUUUAUAAACGUAAAGAUGUUCGAGGAAAACUUGCAUUGGUGACAGGAGGGGGACAUGGAUUAGGUCGUGGAAUUAGUUUAAGAUUAGCAGAAGCGGGAUGUAGAAUUAUAAUUGCUGAUGUGAAUUUGGAAGCAGCUGAAAAGACAUGCAAAGAAAUUAGAGAUAUGGGCUUAGAAGCCAAAGCAUAUAAAGUUGAUGUCACCAAAGCAGAUGAAAUAGCAAAACUUCGAGAUAAUGUUUUUAAAGAUCUUGGACCAGUUGAUAUUUUGAUUAACAACGCUGGCUUGAUGUCGACUUCUAAUCUUGACGAAACUCCAGAAAACAUUGAAACUAUGCUUAAAGUUAAUGUUCUGGGACCGAUUUUGGUGACAAAAUGUUUUUUGGAUCAAAUGAAAGAACAUCGUAACGGUCAUAUUGUGUGUAUAGCAUCUAUGGCUGGGAUUUUUUCAAGUCCACACAAUAUCCCGUACACUGCGAGUAAGUUUGGAGCUUUUGGUUUUAUGUCGGCGUUGGAAGAAAACUUGAGAAUAAAACGAUGGAGAAAACAUAUCAAGACUACGACUAUUUGUCCUUACUACAUCAACACGAGAGACGACAUUGUUGAUUUUCUGAAUUCCGAAAUUAGAUUUCCAGCACUCGAAACUAAAAAAGCGGCUUAUGAAACUGUCGAAGCAAUCUUGAGAGAAGAUCGUGUCGUUGCAAUACCAGGAUAUCAAAAACCAAUGUGCAAGUUUCUUAAUAUAUUACCUUUGACGAGUUUCUUAAAGGAAAUGGCUUGGUUUGAAUUUCCAAACACUUCAACCAUCUAUUUUACUUUAGCUUUUGGAGUUGUUACAAUAAUUUUCUUGAUUCGCUUAUGGGUGAAGGCAACAUGUGGAAUGUUCACAUCAAGCGUUCGAAUGGACGGGAAAACAGUUUUAAUCACUGGAGCAAAUAGUGGAAUUGGUAAAGAAACUGCAAGAGAUUUAGCAAAACGUGGUGCUCGUGUCAUCAUGGCAUGUAGAACUAUGGAUACUGCUUAUGAAGCUCGUGAUGAAAUCAUCAAACAAACAGGAAAUGAAAAUAUCUUUGUCAAAAAACUUGAUUUAAGUUCACAAAAAUCAGUUCGAGAUUUUGCUGCUGAGAUUCUCAAAACAGAGAAAAGAAUUGAUGUGUUGAUUCAUAACGCGGGUUAUGGGAACACAUUCCAAAAAGCAAAAUCCGUGGAUGGCAUCGAACUUACCAUGGCAACAAAUCAUUAUGGACCGUUUUUAUUGACACAUUUGCUGAUUGAUCUCUUGAAAAAGUCAGCACCAUGUCGUAUUGUGGUUGUGGCAUCAGGAUGGUAUCGCUUAGCUAGAUUUAAUUUGAAGAAACAUUUGAAUCAUUUAGAUGGCCUACCAGCUUAUUUGUAUUACGUAUCAAAGAACGCAAACAUCAUGUUCGCUAUGGAAUUGGCGAAACGUUUACAAGGAACUGGAAUCACUGUUAAUUCUCUUCAUCCCGGUGUGAUUGACACAGGAAUUUGGAGAAAUGUUCCAUUUCCACUGAGCAUUGGACUCGCUUUAAUUAACUUUUGCUUCUUUAAGACAGUUGUGGAAGGUACACAAACAACAAUAACGCUUGCUUGUUCUGAAGAACUUAAUGAUGUGACUGGAAAAUAUUUCUCUGAUUGCAAAGAAUGCGAACUUCAACCUUACGUUACGAUUUCAGAAGAUCACAAGCGUUUAUGGGAAGAAAGUAUAAAAAUUGUUAAACUCACCGACACUGAUCCAAAAAUCUCAUAAUUUUUUUUUCAUUGUCAUGCAGAAACUCUCCCAAUU